CUUAUCUUCAUCUAUGUUUCCUUGCAAUUUCCAGAAAAAAAUCUUAUAUGUAAAGACUCAAUUUCUUUCUUGUUAUUGGUGUUAUUAGUUUGAUUAUACCUUUCUAAAUUAAAAAAAGCGCUUAGAACGUGCAUUUUAAAAUAUUUUUUCUCAAGAAGAAGACCGAGUUGCAAUUUCUCUUGUGAAUCAUCAUUUUAUCACCAAAUUUUUAUUUUGGCUUCAUCUUCAAAUUCCUCUUCCAUACAAUAGUUAAAGAGGUGCACAGUAAGCAUCGGAGAUGGAUUUUGUGCAGAGAAAAGUGAACAACUUAGGAAGAAAAGUUGCUACUUUCCCUUAUGUCGAAACUAUUGGAAGAGCUCUGUUUGCAUCCUCCUUUUUCUUCUCUGCUUGGAAUGAUUACAUGGAGCUUAGUUCUAAUUGGGAAGGAGCAGAGGAUUACUGGAGACCGAAGUUAGGCUAUUCAGGAGAUCAGAUUAAGCAUCUUAUGGCAGUUAGUAUCCUAGUGAAGACGCUUGGUGGACUUAUAUUCAUCUAUGGCAGCUUCUUUGGAGCUUUCCUCUUGCUUUUACAACAAGGUAUUGCUACAAUGAUACAUCAUGAUUUCUACAACCAUCGUAUCGACGUUGAAGAACUUGGACUGCUUUACCUCAAAUUCAAAAGGGUAAUAAACGAAACGAUGUCGUAUGAUGCCGCACACAAUCUAUACAAGUCAAACUUUGACGAGGAGCAAAUUGAGAAAGCCGUAUCGAAAUUCCGUGAGCUUGCGGAUCACGCAGUUACAAACCCUGCCUUGUUCGGAAAUAACGAGUUUUUCCGACGCCUCUUGAGCUUCAUCAAGGCAUUGGCCGUAGUAGGAGCAUUGCUCUUUUUCGUGACCAUGAAGCACAAACUCAGCAAAGCCAAAAAGGAAUCCAAAGUUAAAACUGAAUAGAACUAUGACAAUUUCUAUAUCUUACCCUUCCCUUACAGAUUUCAUGUGGUUCCCUUUGUCUUUUAUGUGUUGAUUUAAAUAUCGAGUUAUCUUUUGGUUAAGGAACAAACAUUACGUCUCUCUCUUUCAGUAUUUAUUCCAGUUUGUUUUAUUUCAGUCCUGAC